AUGAUUAAGGCGUUGGGAAAAGACGUGGGUCGUGGGCGCCAGCGAAGCGAUCGCAGCGACUUUUGGGUUUCCCCACCGCAGCGGUACGUGGUUAACCGGCACAGCCCCAAGGUGGUGCCGCACAGCCUCUCCGUCAUUGUGGUUGUUGACCCCCACAUGGUGGAGCCCACGGCGUUCCUUCAGCCCAUAGCGCCGCUUGUGAGCGACGCGGGAAGUCGCGCGGCGACGGAGAAUGGGUCCGUGUCCUCGCCCGGGCCAAACUCCGCGAGUGACGCUGUGAUUCCUUCGUUUUUUAGAAUGAACGUCUACGUGUGGGAGGACACGACGCUACGGGAGAUUGUGGAGGAGGUGUUGUCCUCGAGCGCGGCAGCCAAGGAGGUACUGCUGCCCAGCGAUGCCGCCGCCGUCCCUGCUGCGGAGGGGGAGGGGGAGGCAAGCAAACCAUCGCUCUCCUCUGGAGAAGAGAAAGCGGAAAAGACGGAGGGAGGAGAGGAAAAGGAUAAUUGUAAGAAUAACAGUGCACCGAGGGAGGAGGCGGGAGAAGCGGCUGAUGGUGCGUCGGUUGAAUUUGAUGAUGGGAGCGUCUCCGUUAACGGAGACGUGGCAGGUGAGGAGCCGGCCACUAAACGCGUACGCACAGAAGGUGAGAAGACGCAGGAGCCGUCAAGGGAGGCCCCGCCGUCCGCAGCAGGGGCUCAACGGGGGAAUAGGCGACCGCAGCGGAUGCCGGUUGCCAAGGUGCGUGUUUCUCAUGUCUUUGUGGACGCCGACAAGAAGCCGCAGGUUAGAGACAUGGCGGUUCUGCGCGUUGAUAGGCCUGUCUUCCACGCAGGGGACUACACCACCAUGCAUGAAAUACGUACUUCCAAAGCGGGAGGACGAGGAUGGAAAAACGGGGACCUGUUGGUGCUAUCGCCCACCAUACGACACUACAAAACCGCGUCCUCGUGA